GUGGCGAGCCUCGUUAGCUGUGUACCGUUAGCGCUUCAGAUGUGACUGGGCUGGACUGCCGUACCGCCGCUGUGCCAAACACGAACCUUUGACAACUUUGACUGGAUUGCCAUUUUCCCAUCUACUUGUUCUGCUAUUGACACGCGCAUCAGUGAAUGUUCAUGAGACGCCAUGAUCCGACGGGAGGAGGAUAAUCACGCAACCCCAGUAGACAGCAUGGACACCGAAAGGCACUCCGCUGAAAGGUGACCUCCAGACACUUCACCUCCCCAAAACGUUUGAAUAUGCCAGGACAUAACAAUGAGCUCCAACAGCACAGACCCUGGUCUCUUCCUGGCUGCCAACACCUCACCACCAGUGGCAGGAGCCUUCCCACAAUCCAAUGCUCUACACCAAGGAGGAGCUGGAGGAGCCCACUGGUUGGUUUUUCAUGUGAAUACCUUGGAUGAUAACUCUUCCACCAGCAAACUCUUAAACUUCACCUCAGAAUCCCAAAAUGGGAACAGAACUACAGUCACCGAUCCCAUGGGUGGCCACCCUGCGUGGCAGGUUGUCCUCAUUGUCUUGCUGACAGGAAUGCUGUCACUGGUCACCGUCAUUGGAAACAUCCUUGUAGUGGUAUCCUUCAAGGUUAAUCGCCAGCUAAAGACAGUCAAUAACUACUUCCUGCUAAGCUUGGCUGUGGCUGACCUCAUCAUAGGGGUCAUCUCCAUGAACCUCUACACAGCUUAUCUUGUGAUGGGCUAUUGGGCCAUGGGCAACUGGGCCUGCGACCUAUGGCUGGCUAUAGACUAUGUGGCAAGCAACGCCUCAGUUAUGAACCUGCUGGUCAUCAGUUUUGACCGCUACUUUUCAAUCACCAGGCCUUUGACCUACCGAGCCAAACGGACCACAAAGCGAGCUGGGAUCAUGAUAGGCCUUGCCUGGUUUGUUUCUCUUGUUCUGUGGGCCCCAGCCAUCUUACUAUGGCAGUAUUUUGAGGGUAAAAGGACAGUACCCUCAGGUCAAUGCUACAUUCAGUUCCUCACAGAGCCCACUAUAACCUUCUGCACAGCCAUGGCGGCUUUCUAUCUGCCUGUUACAAUAAUGAGUGUUCUCUAUUGGCGCAUAUACAAGGAGACCCAGAACCGUUCAAAAGAGUUAGCUGGGUUGCAGGGUUCGGGGGGUCAUGGUGGCAUAGGAGGAAGAGGUGGGAAUGAUGAGGGUGAGAGAACCCGUUUUGUCCAUCAGACAGGAAGUGCUAGAAGUUGCAGCAGCUACGAGCUGACCAGGUUGUCCAAGAGGAAGAGCACAUGUCGGGAGCUGGUUGGCCGCUUCCACUGCUGGCCUGGGGUUCGUUCUUGGAGACCUGGUAGUACACGGCAGGGGGAGGGUGAUCCAGAUCAGAGCAGCAGCGACAGCUGGAACAACAACGAUGCUGCGGUCUCGUUGGACCACUCUGGGUCUUCAGAGGAUGAGGACUGCGGGGGAGGAGAGAUGAUUUCCCAGAAUCAUGCUAUUUUCUCCAUUGUUCUCAGCCUGCCUGGUAUAAAGGCUGCUGUCAACUCCCAACUCACCUCAUGUGAGGAUCUGGAUGCAGCCACAGAGGAGGAUCCCCUCAGGGGAGCGGAGUAUAACCGAGACAGUCUUUCAACAGUCACCACCAACACCACCACUGCUACGACUCCAGAUGGAGCAAACAGUUCAGAAAAUAGCUACCACCAACACUUCUGCUCACGCAAGAUUCAGUCAAUGCCUAUCAUCCAGGCUACAUCUAACCAAGGCUCUCUGGAUGGUCCCUCAACAACCGCUACCACUGCCACUGCCAGUACUACCACCACAGCCAACAAAUCUCCCUCUGUCCCAAUGUCCUUCAAAGAGGCAGCUAUGGCGAAGCGUUUUGCAGCCCGAGCUCGGACUCAGAUCACCAAGAGGAAGCGCAUGUCCUUGGUGAAGGAGAAGAAGGCAGCUCAAACUCUCAGUGCCAUCCUCUUUGCUUUCAUCAUCACAUGGACACCUUACAAUAUCAUGGUGCUGAUCAAUGCCUUCUGUAAAGUUUGCAUCCCGGAGACCCUGUGGGCAGUAGGGUACUGGCUGUGCUAUGUCAACAGCACGGUUAACCCCAUGUGCUACGCCUUGUGCAACAAGACUUUCCGCACAACCUUUAAGAUGAUACUGUUGUGUCGGUGGGACCAGAAAAAAAGGAGGAAGCAGCAGUUUCAGCAGAGGCAGUCAGUGGUCUUCCACAGGAGGAUUCCCAGGGAGUCUACGUAAAGGACAGGAAGUUUGGAUGGUUGAUAACAGAGAAUCAAAAGAUUUAACAUAGGAGAUGGAAAAGGAAGAAGCAUCCAUUUAGUUGUUUCCGUGGAGUUUCUUUACUUAGAGAUCCUUAAUGCGUUUCUCUGCUGGGAUGACAAACACAGCAAUCCUGUGCGAUGGUCUUCGAGUGUGUGUUUGUGUUGGAGCAUCCAUUUAGCAAAGCUGUAUGUAUGCGUGAAGGACUGUAGAAGAUGAGGUCCAGAGAUGAAACAUUUCCCUCUGUCCUUGAAGAACCAUUUCACGCUAGUACAGCUGAGAGAAGAUGAGUGGAAAUAAUAGAAAAGGGCUUUAAAAUGCAUUGCAGGAGAAUUAUUGAAGUGCAAUUGACACAAGGGGAAAGGAUAUCUUUGUCACAGGGUUGGGUGAUUCACCUUUCUUAUCAUUUCUCUCUGUGGGUAGCUAGAUCUGUAACAUGCAGAGUGGUUUUGCAUUUCAGACAAAACUAUGUAUCUGUAAUACAUCACUGAAAGCCAAAACAAAAACUAUUUUGUGUUCACAGGCUUCUACUUGUGCUGAUUUGACCUGCCAUCCUCUUGACUGGCAUGUGUUUUUAUCAGAACUCCUGUACAUUGCCUUUCUACGUGGAUAUAGCUUUCCUGUGUCUGAUGGAGUAUAAAAAGUUCUUAAAUUGUGUCCUUACUUUUCGUCAACAGAGAUUUGUUAUUUUUGUGAUAUUCAUCUUUGGUUUUCUAGAUAUUCCUGAAAUUUUGAGCCAGUCUGAAAAUGAUUCUUCUGAUGAACUGAGUUGUGAAUAUUCUGUGUGGCACCACAGUCAGUGAACUGCUGUUGUGUUCAAUGUGAUUGUUGUGGUUUUUAUGGUGGAGACAAUAAGUACAUUGGUUGUGUUUUAUGUACUUGCGGUUUUCUGUCAAGAGUAUUGAUUAUACAAUGAUAAUAUUCUGUUUGUGUACAUUUGGAUAUUUCUAAUACACAAUGAUUGGCGGCACACACACACAAUGAUGUCCAUUUAUAAAGAUAUGUGUUUUGAUUUUACACUACCUUUUAAAUUUCUACUAAAUGACACAACUAAGGGACUCUUUGUUAAAGGCCACCUAUCUUUGAUAUAGUAGAGCAAUGGUGGCCUCUAGUGGCUUGAGAAAGGCCUGUUGUCCAGGAACUGUUAGUCCAACCUUUACAGUGCAAUUCUGCCAAUAUGAAAACAAAAAUGAGAAUUUUUUAAUCAUGAUUAUGCAUCCUUUAAGCUGUUUGGCCUCAUGAAUUAGCAUAUAGUUCAUAAAUUUGAUUUAAAUAUCGUAUUGGCAUGUAAAAAAAGAAUGACCACAGUCAUUGAAAGUAUAAUAUUAAACUUUCUGUCAUCAUCUUUUUUCUUUUUUUUUUCAUAUGAUUUAUGGGUGAACUAUUUCCUCUUUAAAAUUACAAAGCAAUUGAUUUGUAAAUAGAAUUGAUACCUGUCUUGGUCUAUAGUAAAUCAGGUUUUCUACAUAGAAAGUGGGCAAACACCACAUACCAACAAAAGUCAACAUAAAGACGCCAGCUAAGACAAGAAUUUAUUUUUAUUUUUAUUUGUAAUGCACAUUAUGUUAUUCUUAUCUUAAGUAGAUGUUUUUACAUUGUUGCUGCACCCAAAUCUUUCAGUAUGAAUAUUGUGAAAAAGGUAUUGGAGAUAAACUGUAUCAUGACGACUGGCAUACUGAGGAUUGAAUAGAUUGGAUUAUGUUGGAUGCAGUGGUCAUGCAUAAUGGUAUGACUUAUGUGCUGUUUGCAAAAUGAGAUGUUAAAAAAAUAUCCCAUGCCUGUCAACAGUGGGUAUUUUGUCUGCUUUCAACACAGUGUGCUCCGGUGUCAUAAUAGCCUACACUCUUCAUCAAAAUAUGAGAUUUUUGUACUUAAAUAUUGGGAAUGUAAACUACCAAAAUGGUGAACACAAACAUUUUGUUACAUUUCAAGUAUGCCAAUCAUACUCAUAUUUUAAGUCAAUAAACAAACAAAAAACUUUUUGACAGAAA